GCCGAAUUUCCUUUCUUUUGCCCUACCCUCGUGUUCUUGAACCUAACUUGCUCUCAUUGUUUGUCCUCUUGUUGUCCUUGCCACCCACACCACGUUGGCCUACACCACUCCAGACCAGCUUUAUCAUUGGUAUACCUCAUUCAACUUGCUUCAUCAUUUUCCACACCGUACCAUACCUGAUAUACUGGAAUUGAAGUCAACCUACCUGCGUAUAGAAAGCCAUCCAAGGCCAACCGCAAGCCAAUACUUGCUGGCCGUGUCCGCUCCCUCUGGCCAAGGAUACGACCCAGACCUCGGCUGCUCCCAACUCCCGAUCCUCUUCCAUCUUGUUCUCUCCCGCCCAGAGAAUUUCCCCUCCUCGCGAUACCUACCUUCGCCAUGGAGAAACGGUUGUCUUCAUUUUCAUCCGAAAAGGACCGGCGCCCUUCCGGCUCCGACUGCUCGCCCACUACCACACCUGUUCGUUCUCGGUCGCCCGUGUCUGAGGCUCUAGCCCAGCUAGAGAUGGCAGCGAGGUCAGAUAGGCCAGAGAGAGACUCUAUACUUUCAUUCCCUGACGGUGCGGGGUCUUCCCGGGGGGAGAGGCUCGCCGUAAAUCGAUUUAGUGUUGGUGCUUCAUCACGGCCAACCUCAGGCGUCAGAUCAACCAGGUCAUCAGAGAUCACCCCUGGAGCUCGACAAGACACCAGAGCGGCGCGGUUCUUUCACUCAAGGCGAGUUCAACCAGGCGAUAUUGAGAAGCCAUGGCUGGACAAAAAGGACCCUAAGGAGAAAUGGUUAACGAUUCUGCCUAUUCUGGGCCUGGCCGUCGGUCUCGGGCUCGCCGCAUUCCUCAUCUGGGACGGAGUGAGAAGCGUCGCCCAUCACAGGUACUGCCCUGUACUGGAUGAGAACUUCGCCUCCGGCCUGGAUCCCAAAGUCUGGACCAAGGAAGUUGAAGUCGGUGGCUACGGCAAUGGUGAAUUCCAGGAAACCACUGGCGGCGAUGAGAAUGUAUACAUAGAUGGCGGUCGAUUGGUCAUCAAGGCAACACUUCAGGAUUCCAAUUUGAUGGAGAAGAACAACGUCAUGAACUUGCUCAAGGACGGCACCUGCACCUCCAACAGUUGGAAGAACUGUGUGGCCGCAACCAACUCUACUGCCGGAAACUCGAGCGUCGUGCCCCCAGCCAAGUCUGGCCGUAUAAACACCAAGAAGGGUGCUAGCAUCACAUACGGACGUGUCGAAGUGACUGCAAAACUUCCAGAAGGAGAUUGGUUAUGGCCCGCCAUUUGGAUGAUGCCUGUGGACAGUCUUUACGGCAGCUGGCCCCGUUCUGGAGAAAUCGACAUAGCUGAGUCUCGCGGAAACAACCACACCUACGCCCAGGGAGGAAAUAACAUCGUCUCCUCUGCCUUGCACUGGGGUCCCAACUCGGCCAACGACGCAUGGUCCAAGGCCAAUGGCAAGCUCAAGGCCUUGCGCACCACCUACAGCGCUGGUUUCAACACGUUUGGCCUAGAGUGGUCUCAGAAGUAUCUCUUCACCUACGUCAACAGCCGUCUCCUCCAUGUCAUAUACACCAACUUCAAUAAGCCCAUGGCGGAACGCGGUGGAUUCUCCGACGACCUCGCCGACCCCUGGACUGAGACGGGACAUAAGAAUGCGCCGUUUGACCAGGCCUUUUACUUGAUCAUAAAUGUUGCUGUUGGCGGUACCAAUGGCUGGUUCGAGGACGGGAAGUCUGGAAAGCCGUGGGUAGACAAUUCGACAACUGCCAAGAAGGACUUUUGGGACGCCCGCGAUCAGUGGUACCCCACAUGGAAGUCGCCGACGCUCGAGGUUUCUCGGGUCGUCAUGCUGCAGCAGUGUGACGGCGACGAGGAAUUGUAGAGAGCUCAAAGCUAAGUCUACAAUCGUUGAUUUUAAUUGUUGCACAAACCAUUUUGAAAGAGUAAUUAUAGACACAAUACAGAGGGGGGCAAAUAUUUGGGGAUUUAGAAGCUAUGGGCAAGAGGGACUCAUGCUGGAACCUUUGCGCGAGGGUUCAUUGUCAGCGAUUUCACCGGAGAUGUCUAUCACUAUAGGCAGCUACAUCAUUUCUUCUCAAUCAAAUAUUUUAAUCGCGU